GUUUGUCAUGUUAACACGGAGUAAAAGAUCCUCAACAGCUGCUGAUAAAGAAAAGAGUAACACAAAUUUAAUUCCGAUCAAAAAGGAAAUAAAAACUGAACAGGAGGAGUUGGCUGAAAUAUGGUUUUAUUUGUCCGAAAUGUAAAGCUCACUUCCUUUAUGAUGAGUUCUUUGUGGAACAUAUCAGAGAACAUCAUGGUGAAACAAUCAAUGAUAUGUCUACUACAAAUGUCCAAUUAAAUUCUUUACGAUCAUCAGACAGGUUGGGCAAAGAAAGUACUUCUCCUGUUGAGAGUGAUUUUAAAUGUGGCGAUUGUUCUUAUACAUGUACUGAGAAAAGUGAUCUUGUGAAACAUUUGGGUAUUCACACGGGAGAGAAAUCCUACACGUGUAACGAAUGUUCAUAUUCUUGUGCUCAGAAAGGUUCGCUCACAGCGCAUAUGAGGACUCACACGGGAGAGAAACCCUACAAGUGUAAGGAAUGUUCAUAUACUUGCUCUGUUAAAUCAAAUCUUAACAGACACCAACGUACUCACACAGGAGAGAAACCCUACACGUGUAACGAAUGUUCAUAUUCUUGUGCUCAGAAAGGUCAUCUCACAGCGCAUAUGAGGACUCACACGGGAGAGAAACCCUACAAGUGUAACCAAUGUUCAUUUUUUAGUGCUCAGAAAAGUCCGCUCACAGCGCAUAUGAGGACUCACACCGGAGAGAAACCCUACAAGUGUAAGGAAUGUUCAUAUUCUUGUGCUCAGAAAGGUCGUCUCACAGCGCAUAUGAGGACUCACACGGGAGAGAAACCCUACACGUGUAAGGAAUGUUCAUAUACUUGCUCUGUUAAAUCAAGUCUUAUUAUACACCAACGUACUCACACGGGAGAGAAACCCUACAAGUGCAAGGAAUGUUCAUAUUGUAGUGCUCAGAAAGGUGAUCUCAAGAGACAUAUGAAGACUCACACGGGAGAGAAACCCUACAAGUGUAAGGAAUGUUCAUAUACUUGCUCUGAUCAAUCAAAUCUUAUUAUGCACCAACGUACUCACACGGGAGAGAAACUCUAAAAUUGCCAGGAA